CCAUUACUUUGAUUCUUUUUUUUUCUCACUCUUGUUCAUUGUGAAUUCGGAACUAUGGACAGCGACGGCGAAGAAAUCACGCUCACGAUCAAUAAGCAGUAUGCGGAGAAGUAUGAAACUUCCAAACGUAGCCAGGAGUUGUCCGCAAUCCGUGACAAGUACGGAGAUUUGGAAGAAGAACGUCUCAGGUUGAUUGCUGAACGCCAACAUAAGUAUGGCUACACCAAGAAUGCAGAAUAUGACUAUGAUUCGUAUGAUUCUGAGGAAGACGAGGAGGAGGAUGAGGAUGGAGAGUUGAUCACGCCCGAAGUAGAUGGGCAGAUUAUGAAGACGAUCGGAUUGAUCCGUGCUCAAGAUCCCAAGAUCUAUGAGGCCACUUCUCAUUUUUUUAUCCCCUCAGAAAUGGAAAAGGCUCGUCAACAAUGGAGAGAAAAACAGGCUUUGGAGAAGAAGACCAAGCCAAUGAACUUGAAGGAUUAUCAUCGCAAGGUCUUACUCGAGGAUGGAGGACAUGUGAACGAGGAAGAUGAGGUUCAAAAGCAGAUUACUCAAAAGAAGACUAAAGACGAAUCGGAGAUGACACAUGUAGAACAGCAGGAAUAUUUGAAACAGGAGAUGAAGAAGGCCUUCCUGGGCGAUGAUGAUGAUGACGCUGAGGAUGAAGAUACGGAUUCAUUUUUUACACAAAAGGCCAAAACCAAAGAUGAAGAAGAGGCAGAGGAGGAAGAUUAUAAACGGUUCUUGAUCGAGAGUAUGGGAAGAAAUAAGUCAGGGGCUGGUGCUUUUCAGGACUGGAGAGAGUAUAAGAAUGCCCCAGAGAUGGACAAGGAUGAGGCUUUCUUGAUGGAUUAUAUCUUGAAUCGUGGAUGGAUUGACAAGACACAAAAAAAGACACCACACUACAAGGAAAUUGUCCGAGAAGAUGACCUGGAUCAGUUGGAAAAGUCAGAAGAUGAACUUGAUGCUGCUGAGGAAUUCGAAUCUAAAUACAAUUUCCGAUUUGAGGAGGCUGAAGGAAAUUCACUUAUGGGCUACUCACGUACGAUUGAGGACUCAGUUCGUAAUAAGGAUGACAAACGUAAACGUCAACGCAAGGCAGCCAAGGAACGUAAGAAGGCAGAGAAGGUCCGCCAGCUCGAGGAGCUUAAGCGCGCCAAGAAUAUGAAGAAGCAAGAGAUCUUCAAUAAGUUGAAACAAAUUCAAGAAAUCACAGGCAACAAAACCGUCGGUUUUGAUGAAAUUGAUCUGGAGACAGAAUUCAACCCGGAUGACUAUGACCAAAAGAUGGGAACUAUGUUCGACGACAAAUACUAUGAGGAUGACGAAAAUGUAAAGCCCGUCUUUGACGAUGAUAUCGAUACUGCAGAGUAUGAGAUGGAGGACGAUGCUAAUGAGAACAGCGGCAGUACUUCGGAUGAUGUUAAUAAUGACAAUAAUGACGAUGGUCAAGCCGAAGGAGGAGAAGAGGAAGAGGAAGCCUAUCCACCAGUAUAUGACGGAGAAGAAGAAGGAGAGGGAUACGAUGGCUAUGAGGAGGAAAAUUACUAUGACGGUAACGAUGGCUCUGGUGGAUAUGGCGAUGAGGAGGAUAUUAUAAUGGAUGCAGACUAUCUUCCUGGGGGCGAGAACUAUGGUAAAGCCACAUCGAAGAAGAAGGAGACGAAGAAGGAGCGUGCUCAGCGUGAGAAGGAAGAGAAGAGACUGGCUAAGCAGGCAAAGGCAAACGGAGCCAAGGAUCCGACGUCGAUCAAAACUGCAGUGGCGGCGAUCGAAGCUGCCAAGAGCAUAUUGGAUGUAGAGAAAGAAAAGAAGGAUUUCAACAAGUAUCUGGAAGAGUAUUAUCAAUUGGAUUAUGAGGACAUGGUGGGUGAUCUGCCGACAAGGUUCAAAUACCAUAAGGUCAAGCCUGCAAAUUUCGGACUCACACCAGUCGAGAUAUUGUUAGCAGAUGAUAAGGAUUUGAAUGAGUUUGUCUCGCUCAAGAAGUUUGCGCCUUACAGACGGCCGGAUCAACAGGAAGCAGAUGUUCAAAAGUAUUCAAAGAAGAAUAGGGUUCAGAUGUUUAGACAUAAACUCAAGUCGCAGCUCAAAGAUCAGGAGUUGGAUAAGACUUGGGAUCCUGUCAAGAGGCGUAAGAAAGAACAAGAGAAGCGAGAGCGCGAGGAAAAGGAAAAGGAAAAGGAAAAGGAAAAGGAAAAGGAGCAGAAGACGACUUCCAAGGGAAAAGACUUGACUACUGAUAAUAACAACAGCAAAGAUGGCAACAGUAGCAAGAAAGAAAGUAAGAAAAAGGAUAAAGAUAACAAGCGCAAGGCUGGAGAGGAAGGACGAAAGGAGGAUGAAGGGGAGAACGGCGACUCGUCACGAAAAAAGCAUAAGACGGAAGGCAUCAAAGUUAAUGGCGAUAGCAGUGGGGAUGUUGGUAAUAAGGAGAAGAAAGAGAAGAAGGAAAAGAAGGACAAGAAAGAGAAGAAAGACAAAAAAGAGAAGAGCAAGCACUAGGAAGUAAUCAAGAAGGGUG